ACCUCUAGCAGAGAUGUAUCCCCCAUGAAGGGGAGAAACCAGGACCCUGCCACCCAAAUAACCCCCAGAGCGAAAAUCCUGGUCACCUCUAGCAGAGAUGUAUCCCCCAUGAAGGGGAGAAACCAGGACCCUGCCACCCAAAUAGCCCCCAGAGCGAAAAUCCUGGCCACCUCUAGCAGAGAUGUAUCCCCCAUGAAGGGGAGAAACCAGGACCUUGCUUCCCAAUUAUCCCCCAGAGCGAAAGUCCUGGUCACCUCUAGCAGAGAUGUGUCCCCCAUGAAGGGGAGAAACCAGGACUUUGCCACCCAAAUAGCCCCCAGAGCGAAAGUCCUGGCCACCUCUAGCAGAGAUGUAUCCCCCAUGAAGGGGAGAAACCAGGACUUUGCCACCAAAAUAGCCCCCAGAGCCAACAAGCAAGUGAAAAGAGAUGUAUCCCCCAUGAAGGGGAGAAGCCAACAAGAAAGCAAAAGUCACAUAAAAGCAAAAAUCCUGGCCACCUCUAGCAGAGAUGUAUCCCCCAUGAAGGGGAGAAACCAGGACCCUGCCACCCAAAUAGCCCACAGAGCGAAAAUCCUGGCCACCUCUAGCAGAGAUGUAUCCCCUAUGAAGAGGAGAAACCAGGACCUUGCUUCCAAAUUAGCCCCCAGAGCGAAAAUCCUGGCCACCUCUAGCAGAGAUGUGUCCCCCAUGAAGGGGAGAAACCAGGACCUUGCCACCCAAAUAGCCCCCAGAGCGACAACCCUGGCCACCUCUAGCAGAGAUGUAUCCCCCAUGAAGGGGAGAAACCAGGACCCUGCCACCCAAAUAGCCCCCAGAGCGAAAAUCCUGGCCACCUCUAGCAGAGAUGUAUCCCCCAUGAAGGGGAGAAACCAGGACCUUGCUUCCCAAUUAUCCCCCAGAGCGAAAGUCCUGGUCACCUCUAGCAGAGAUGUGUCCCCCAUGAAGGGGAGAAACCAGGACUUUGCCACCCAAAUAGCCCCCAGAGCGAAAAUCCUGGCCACCUCUAGCAGAGAUGUAUCCCUCAUGAAGGGGAGAAACCAGGACUUUGCCACCCAAAUAGCCCCCAGAGCCAACAAGAAAGUGAAAAGGUGAAAAAAGCGAAAAUAAAAAGGGUUGACCACCUCUAUCAGAGAUGAAGCCCCCAUGAAGGGGAG